AUGGCAAUUGUUGAAAUGCCAAACGAGAAACCGAAUGAAAAUCGUUCGUCAAUCGGCGCUCCAAGCACUCGGCUUCCAACAGAUGGCAAAAAGAAGAUUCUUUUCCACGUAUUCCUCGCUUUUGCGAUCAUCGCCGCGUUAGUGGCUGCAACGAAAGUGAUUUGGGGAUCAGUUCGUGUUAUUCUAGUGCUUUUUGAUGGUUCAAAAGGAUUGGGCGGAUGGGCUAAACUGACAACGAGACUUUCGGGGUCGAAUGUGUUUGGAACCACGGCAAGAGAUGCGGUUUUGGCAACGAGAUUCUUAAAUCUUCAUCGUGAAGCCCCAAUAGUGUUCACCAAUGUCUUCCUUCUCAUCGCUAUUGCUAUCGGAGUUCUUGGAUUAUUCACAAGAAAGCAGUUGCUCAUUCAAGUCUACCUCAUCGGCUGUAUGGCGAUCUAUCUGCAGAACUUGGAUUGGAUUCCGACGAUCAGCUAUCGUCUCUCUCCAAUUGCUUUCCUCUUUCACGCCAACAUCAUGGCUCUCUUUUAUUUGGGCCAAAUGGGUUCAAUCCUUGCCGUCCUCUACUUCGAAGUU